AGAGCAAGCGCAAGAGCAAGCGCCAAAUAUUAUAGGCCAAGGACUUAAGGUGAACACUACCUAGGUACCUAGAACCCGGAAUUCCUAGAGUGAGGUUUGUUCUUGCACUCUUGUUAAGGUCAGCCACAGUGACAAGCACUAUUACACCCUAACAUAACUCCGUAGAAGCCACACACAGCACCUGCCCCGACUCAUCAGCCAAUUGACGUCAAGUCAGCCCCAAGACCCGAACUGACCCUCAUCAUCUUCAACAUUCCCACCUCAUCUCUCCCACAUCGCAGGUAUCUUAUCACACGCUUGCAAUUCAACACUCCUACUCAGCCUCAACCUGCUGCAUCUCCACGCCAACUUCAGUCACUCCUCGUUUCAUCCCAAUACUCAACCGCCCGAUUAGCCCUUGUUCGCCGAUGCCGUCCGCUCCUUUCCCCCCUCUAUCUACGACCACCACUUAAUCGUCCCUCCGCCGGGAGAUGCUCCUCAUCCCACUCUCUCGUGCCUUUUUCACGACAUGACCAUACCGGAUCCUCUACUAUGUCUGAAUCCUACCAGUGCCAUCGCCCAUUACGACAAGUUCUACCCUACCCGCAUCCCCAACCAACACCAUCAACUCCGACAUCAAAUUACCAUCAAUGCUAAUCACCUUAUAUACUAUGUCUCUAAUUACGACAUCUUCGUCCUCGAUCUACAUGACCAUCAGAACUCCCUCCUAGCCACCGUCCCCUUCGAGCCUACCUGUCUUGCUGCAGACCUCGGCUGGCUUGCCGUCGGGGGUGGAAAUAAUGGGGAUUGUGCAUUCAUCAAAAUUGAGAACGACGAACAUGGCCACCCACGCUGCUUCGGACACGACCUUGUCGUUGAAUCCUUGGGGGGUGCUAUUGUCAAUUCGAUGAACAUCCAUACCCUUCCUGUCGCAGGCUCUUCCGCAGAAACUCCCAUUCAUGAACCCGUCGUUCUCAUCUCCAACAAUGACAAGUCCGUCAAGAUUUACUCGCUGCAUCAACGCCAGGUCAUCACCACUUUGCUCCACCCCGUCCCGAUGAACUUCUCGGCCAUGUCUCCAGACUCUUCUAUCAUCGCUGCAGUUGGUGACUCCAAUAAGCUCUACUUCUAUCGACGCUCCAAAGACGAAACCCAACUCACCGGCAAAUCCCCGCCCACGACCUCCACAGGCGGCUGGGUUCUCUUCGCUGAGCCUUCUUUACCCACGGGUGAUAGCGUCUACGAUGACUACUGCUUUGCAUUGGCAUUCUCCCCAAGCGGUCAUCUUUGCGCGGCUUCGUCCCAAGGCGGCGCAAUCUCCGUCUUCGAUGUUGUUAAUCUCCUUCGCCCAGAUCAUAGUCCUCAAGAAGCCAUGUUGUGCAACUUUCGCUCCUCCAGACCCACUGUCGUCGGCUGUGUGAGGGCCAUGACGUUCUCCCCUGCUCCUUGGGAUUUGUUGGCCUGGGCCGAGGAUCAUGGCAGAGUCGGUCUGGUCGAUGUCAGAAGCCAGUUCGUUAGAAGACAGGUUCUCGAGCUAGACCGCAGGAAACCUGAUGUUGUCGAGCUCGAGGAUGGGACUCCUUUUGCCUACCGCAAUCUAGGUGUCAAGGAACGUCUGAAACAGCAAUAUCUUGCAAGGAUCCGUUCAAUGCGACAAUCAUCACCCAGAGAGCUCUCCUCCGAUGUUGCAAUGGACGAUCCUGCCGACCCUGCACCGGACACUCAGAGCACCCUCCGCCAGGAUUUGCUUUCAUAUCACCACGGUCUUGAUCUCGAUGCUCGCGAAAGAUCUGUGGUUGAUGCACUCGAAACCACAAUCGACACUAUCGAAAACAAUCCUUCACGUCCCUUUAGUCUCCACUACCCCGGUAAUGCUACUGGAGAAUACAGCAUCAUCAUAAAUCCACCCCCGCGUAACGCCGGAUCAGCUCAUCACGCUCCAAGAAGGAGAACUUCAAUUGUUCUUUCACCCUCCGCAGCCAACACCCACCGGUACCUAGCUACAGUGACCGAUGAAAGAUCGCGACUGUCGGCUUCUCCUGCACGUAUGGCCGACGACGACGAGAGCCCUCUCAUGUCUACCAACAAUCUAACUCCAUCAACCACCCUUUCAACUUCCCAUCCUCAACCGCAGGACGCACCUACCACAGACACUCGUACGUUUCUGACAUCGGCCAUGGAGCGAGCCCGAGAUGCCGCAAAUCAAAGUGGCGCGCAGUUGGGCCGGAUUGAAGCUGCACUAGACGAUGAGCGCCAGCUUGCCAUCCAGCUCGAACGCUUGUUGGCGGAGGAGAGACAGUUAUCCAGCCUUCUCCGGCGCCAGCUAGAAACGCAACAGCGCCUGUUGAUGGACAGCUCCACCGACCUCCUCCAGCUGAGGACCGGCCAGGCAGACUCCACUACGUACGAUCGUGUUCUGCGACAGGAGAUAACCUCGGAACAGCAGUUUCUUCAACAACGCUCCCAGGAGCUUGAGGAAGAAUUGAGAAUAGGGACGGACUAUGCCAGGAGGUUGGAAACUGAAAGAGCUAGGGUGCUGACCCGAGCUGUGUCGGGCUUCAGAGACGAUCAAUCCGAGUCUGCUCAAACUUCAGCACUUCCAACCACUAACCUGAGACCCGAACAGCCUCGUGACGAGCUUUUCAGCGUCCUCUCCGACUAUUCAGACUCGCGAUACCAGCGGAUACGACGAAUCGAGCAGCUUCAGCGGCAAUCUCGUCGUGCCGAGUCUAGAGUCGCCUUGGCUUCGUCAGACAUGGACGCUCUCGAGGAAGCGAUGAGAAGAGCCUCCGAUGCUCGUAAUAAUGACAGUUCAGCCACCAACACCGAAGCCAAUCAUACACAAUCAAACAGAUCAUCACUCAACACGGACAACCGUAACUCGAGCAGACGAGACCCUUCCCGCACGGACACGGAGACUGGUUCAUCACGAGCGACCGCACGCCGUCGACCCUCUCUCACUGCCAAUGACCUCCGUGCGUCACGUAUGUCCUCACGCAUGUCCCGACCUGACGGACGAUCAUCCGACAGCGGUACCAGCCGGCCACAACAGUCAGACCUACUUACUGCACGAAUUGUUUAUACUCAAAAUGCUUCCACUUCAAGUCGGGCCUUGGACACCAAUGGAAAUUGGAUGCCUGGCUCGUCAUUGCAUCGAAUCUUGGCGGGUGCGUCGGCGUGGUCCACUGGCAAUACGAUGUCUGGCCCCAACCCUGCCUCUGAGGCCCUGGGCUCAACAGAUGUAUUCAGAGACAUGGGACUCGGAACUGCUGGCAUCACCUUUAGCCCAGACGGCCACUAUUUCUACGUGGGCACUGACGAGGGCAUUUUCGAAUUCAGAAUUAAUAUUGCCGAUCGAAUGACGUUUCCAGCUUUUGAGAUGCGAUGAAAUUUAUACCUGUUAGCUAACAAAGCAUCACCUCUUAUCUGUUGGUCGAGAUUGUCUCCGGCAUCUGGAGUCACUACGAUAUAAUACGAACACGUGGAAAGACCGUUGUCCGCCGCGAAGUAUACACAUCAUGAGAAGGAUGUUCCUGGUUCGUGAACACAGACAAAUUGAACUAGAUGAAGCAACGUAAGUCAGCGCCGGCGCCAGGGUCAUUGCGAAUUGGAAGAGUUUGAAGUUUUAUCUGUGACCGCGACACGCGCAAAACGGAGCGUAUUUCCUGUACAUGAUUGCUUGCAGGUGUGAUCAGCCAUUUGGAACAUACCUCGCUUUGAUCUCGGUACAUAGGGACAUUGAUCUUUAUUCCAGACUGCUUGGGUCUCUCUGGCCACGCCGUGCCCUCAUGACAUUUGAUUAAUGACUUGGUGACUCUGACCUGACCAUAAGCUCGAACAAAUUCAAUGUCCUCGUUUCGGCUCUGACUAUCCUGGUCCUCAGAGUUAGGGCUGCAAUUCCACACUUUACAACGAGGGAAUCUUUGUCAUCGAAUAUGCAGUAGAGAUGUGGGAACUCAUAUCAUCAUGAUGCUACUUCAGCUUGGUUACCUAGUGUUUCAGCAACUGGACAACCGAAGAUAGAAUCACUCGAAGGCUCUCAGUGCAAGCAAUGGUUGUGGUCUGUAACCAUCAACCAGUAAAAGCCCACCCAUUCCUCGCGCCUCUGUUCCCCGCAAUCCCCUUCUCCACGUAUCAGUUAAUGUUCAUUCCUCUUAAAC